GAUUUGGGCAAGAACACGGUGGAAUUAAAGUCAACUUGUUUAACAGAAAUCCUACGAAUUCGAUAACCAUUCAGUAUUGUGACGUAAUUCCAUGGUACCUGAGACUGUAUAUGCACACUCUCAAAGUUACAGUGAAUGGCAAUGAGAUAUCAUCAGGAUCAUCUUAUCCAAUCAAGCAACUAUUCUACCAACCAGCCGUAGACCGAUCGAGACCGUCAGUAAUGGAGGCCAACAUUUCGCUGCCGGCAGACUCUAUUACAACCUUGUCGAUAGAAUUUGAUAAAGCAUUCAUCAAAUACACUGAACAUCCACCAGAUGCCAAUCGAGGUUUCGAUGUUGGGUCGGCGGUAAUAACAACGUUAAGUAAGGUUGAAUCCAAAUGGGACUCUAUACUCUACAAGCAGCAGUCACAGGACGGCAUUCAUUACGUUCCAAUCAGGAUAUACACAGAAACUCUUCUUAUAAGUCUUCCCACGCCUGAUUUUAGCAUGCCAUAUAACGUAAUAACAUUGACUUGUACAGUUAUCGCUUUGUUCUUUGGGAGCAUGUUUAAUCUUCUUACGAGGAGCUUUGUUGUACUAGACAAUGAGAAGCCCGAGGAAAAAUAG